CUGUGAUAUAUGUGAAGUGCGCAACAAGCGGAUAUUUGAUUAUGAGGCAGAAUCUUGAAGUCUAGACCCCUCAGCCUCGUCGCUCAGCUCAGCCGCACAUGCUGUCCACGGGUGUUACAGCGUGCAUUGAUUCCGCCAAUGCAUGUAAACGGGCAAUGGUUGAUUAUUUGGACUGCUAGCAUUGUUGAAAUGUUCCGGCUUCAAUAUUGACUUCGGGGUGAUCCAGGUGAACAUCUUCGCACCACGCGUGCGGAAACCGGUGACGCAACUCACUUAAGUGAGAGAGAGCAAACUGGCAGUCACUUCAUGAUGCCCAAGCCGUCAAGAGUCCUUCCCAUGUAGCGUUUCAGCGACGAGCGCAGCGGCGAUGACGAGGGUCGGAGAUGCGUAAAGGAGAGUUGGGCUGAGUCCUUUGGUUUUGGUGUUCGUGGACGGGUGGUCGACGUGAUGCCUUUUUCUGCACCUGCCACUGAGUUUGCAGUUCGCGACUCUCUUCUGGGGCUCGCGCCCAAGGAGAGCUCGAGAUCUGUUGCAGAAGGUUGGAAUCAUGUUGAACUGUGCCCGUGGGAACGUAGGAACGCUCCAGAGAUCAAUGACCGACAGGAAGAGAUAUUGCACUGCAGAGCAAGGCAGCAGAAAAGUGCCAGCAGGACAGUCGAGGCGAGCGAGACGUGCGGAUGUGAUUCUACCCAGUCAUCCCGAGUGAGAGAGACACUACCUGCGCUCGUACUUGAGAAAGAGUUGAAAUGGGUGAAGCUUCUUCCUCGAGUGUUCAGCAAGCCGAACAUCUCAAUGAAAAAGAAAAGGUCGCGUCAGCCGGAGGUAGUGCAAUACCGGCGACACUGUGUCCUCGACUAUGAGCAAGCCCAGGGAGCCGAGGACCGGUUGCAAAAAUAAGAAUAAUCUUGAAAUUGUUCCCGUAGGAACGUUCCAGAGAUUAAACUAGAAAGAACAGAUACUACACUGCAAA